GACGAUGACUGCAAAUGCGAACGGGGAAACGAUCAACGUUGGCGGCAACAUCUUCCGGCUCGUCGAGACCAUCGGCCGCGGCUCGUAUGGCACCGUGCACAAGGCCGUGAACCUCGGGUCCGGCGCCGCCGUCGCCGUCAAGGUCAUCAGCAAGGAGCGCCUCGUGCGCAACCCGGCAGAGCGCGCGUCGAUCGAGAAGGAGAUCGAGACCAUGCGCGUUGCAGUCGAGCAGUACGAGAACGGCCACCCGAACAUCGUGCGGCUGCUUGCGACGAAGGAGUCGAAGGCGUCGAUCUUCAUCGUGCUCGAGUACUGCGCGGGCGGUGACAUCUCGAGCUACAUCAAGCAGUCGAGCCACGGCCUCUCGAUGGCGCAGACGCGCAACUACAUGUCGCAGCUCGCGGCCGGCCUCCAAUUCCUUCGGCAGCAGCACGUGAUCCACCGCGAUUUGAAGCCGGCCAACUUGCUCUUGAGCAGCCGGAACCCGGCCUCGCAAAAGGUCAAGAUCGCCGACUUUGGCUUUGCGCGGAGCCUCGCCAACGAGUGUUUGGCCGAGAGCGUCGUCGGGUCGCCCUUGUACAUGGCACCGGAGCUCCUCGACUACAAGUCGUACGACGCCAAAGCCGAUCUCUGGAGCGUCGGGAUCAUCCUCUACGAAAUGGUCGCCAAGGCCCACCCGUUCCUCGUCGUCGACAACUGUCAUGCGACCAACCACCUCGCCCUCCGCCGCAACAUUGCGCGCUACUAUGAAAAGUACAAGCAUUUUAUCUUGCCGCUCGACGUGCACGUGAGCGACGACUGCGCGGCGCUGCUCGAAGGGCUCCUGCGCCGCGACCCGAACGAGCGCAUCUCGUUUGAAGAGUUCUUCAAUGCGCCGUUUCUGCUGCCACCGCCGCCGACCGACGAUACCGACGCGCCGAGUUUGAAUGGCCCGCUGGAGGUGUCGGGGUCGCCCAAACAAGCGCUCGUCAACCAAGAUUGGGCUGCCGAGAGCGACGAGUACGUCAUGGUCGACAUGGAGUACGAAGACGUGGGGCGCGAAGUGCUCCAGGACGACUCGGUGCCGCGCCCGCCGACGCUGACGGAGGACGAAGAGAGCUUGGAGGAGGCGCUCGCGCAGCUGCCGAUGGACGAUGUCGCGCCGCCAACCACGACGACAACGCUGGCUCCGCCGGCCGCCGUUGCCAACACGGCGUGGCAAGCGAACGAAGAGUGCAUCGAAGAGCUCCUCGGCAUUUGCUACAAGAGCUUUCCCCUUGGUGGCGUUGCUCUCUUUGUCCCGACGCCGCUCGGCGACUACAUUGCCUUUCACGAAGGCUGCCCGCACUACUACCUCUCGCAAGAGUCGAUCGAAGCCGCCAAGCACGACGACGACGACCGAAAACCCAACUUUGUGCUCGGGUGCCUCGUGUACAUUGAAGCGUUCGAGGCGACCUCCGAGCGCAACCCGUACCAGAUCCGGAUCGGCUCGACGUACCACGUGUGUAUGGUGGCGACACUCUCCAUGUCGGUGGCGACGCCGCGCAAGGAAGUCGCCGAGUCGCCGCCGACGCCAAUGGCCGAGUCUCCGUUCGUGCUGCACAUGUCGCCGCAGCGGGGCCACGAGCUGAGCCCGCCCGUGACGCCCAAGCGCCAUAGUACGCCCGGCUUGACGCAGCACCAGCGCAUUAGCUUUCGCACGUUUCAGAUCAACCAUUUGGCGCUCUUCUUCCUCAAGAACGGCAAGCUGCCGUACAUGGCGUUCAACGAGGGCGCGCCCAACUACUACCUGGCCGAAGAGUCGAUCGCGGCGGCUCGAGGCGCCGAGGCAGCGUACCCGUCGUACGUCGUGGGCGAAAUUAUUUUUAUUGACACGUUCCAGGCCACCGAGGACUUUAACCCGUACCGACUGCCGUACGGAGCCCGCUUUUACGUGGUCACGGUCGCCAACCAAGAGUAA